GAUCACCAUAGAUGGUUACGAAUCUCAACAACGAGAAAAAUAUUAAUGAGAAUAAUCGAGCUUUAGAGAGCUUUUUGGCACAGGCAGACAGUCGCGUUGUACGGAGUACCUACUAAUUCCAUAGUCGCGGCAGAAGACUUCGUUUCAUACACAGAUAUAAGAACAUUUGUAUAUAAUGUUCUUAUAUCUGUGCAUAAUAUGUAGGUACUUCUGUAAAGAUAAGGAGAUCAGCUGAUACAGAACAUAAUCGAGAAUGCUACCGUUGGUUUAGCAUUAUGUAUACCUGCGCGGGUCCUUCAAAAUCCUUGGUAUAACUAGAAACUUCAAUUAUUAAUCUAAAUUAUAUGCCUAGAAAAUAGUUCUUAACUUGCUUGAUAUGAUAAUUAAUACUCUUUAGAAACAGAAAUAAAGUAAACAAUAUGUCAAUUAGUGUCAAUAUUUCGUACUUCUUGUUGCACAUUCUUUGUUUCGCCUUCAAAAUUUCCUGAAUAAAAUGUACUAGGUACCUAUUGAAAAUGAGUGAUAUAUAAAAACAGCCAAAACUGGUGUAAGCAAGAAAUGAGCACAUCAUGAAAUUCUCAGUUUAAUAAAAAAAAUAUAAAAAGACAAUAAUGGAGGAAAUAGAUUUUGACGAAUAUUGCGAUCCAACCAACCCGAAGAAAAUAAAGUACGAUGACAUCUUGUCGGCGUCACGUCGCAUUGUGGGGGCGGUCGUCCGCACACCUUGUACGAAAGCAAACAUGUCGGAGUCGCUGGGAAUGGAGGUGUAUCUUAAACAAGAAUUCAUGCAUUUUACGGGAUGCUUCAAAGAGCGCGGCGUGCGCAACGCCCUGUCCAUGCUGUCUGAUGACCAGAAGCGAUACGGCGUGGUGACAGCCACGACGGGCAAUCACGGCAUCGCCAUGAGCUACCAUGCUUCACAGCUCAGCAUCCCAUGCUGUGUGGUCGCACCCACCCACACGCCGCUCAGCAAGAUGACGCGCUGCGAGAAGCUCGGCGCCAAGGUCAUCCUCCAUGGUAGCAAUUACGCUGAUGCUAAUCUACACGCCAUGACUAUCAAGAAGGAUAAACGGAUGACGUUUAUUAAUGGCUACGACCACCCGAACGUGAUAGAAGGGCAGGGCACUGCCGGCAUCGAGAUCAUCGAGCAGGUGCCUAAUGUGGACGCCAUCAUCGUGCCGUGCGGCGGCGGCAGUCUGCUCUGCGGCGUCGCCAUCUCCGCCAAGCAUCUCAAGCCUGACACCGAAAUAUACGGCGUCGAGACAGAUAGAACGUGCAGCAUGGUGGAAUCGCUCAGAAAGAACGAACGAGUUCGAAUAAACAUCGACUCUACUAUUGCUGACAGUUUGGCUAUUAAUAUGGUCGGCGUCAACACUUUCCACAGCGUCAAAGGCUUAGUAGAUAAAAUGGUCGUGGUGAAAGAGGACUGGGUAGCGCGGGCUAUAAUGCACAUUGUUGAAGAAGAGAGGUUGGUGGUGGAAGGCGCGGGGGCAGUUACUAUAGCAGCUAUUAUGGCUGGGCUGUUUCCCAAUCUUAAAGGCAAAAAAGUGGUGUGUAUCCUUUCUGGGGGUAACAUAGAAACGACAAUAUUGGCGCGAGCGCUGGAGCGCGGCAUGGCGGCAGAGGGCCGGCUGGUGAAGUUCAAGGUGACUGUGAGCGACAAGCCGGGCGGCAUGGCGGAUCUGUGCACGCACCUCGCCGGCAUCGGCGUCAUGAUGCGCGACUGCGUGCCCGAGCGCGCCUGGGUCAAGGGAGACGUCUUCAGUGUCGAGAUGAAAGUGAUAGUCGAGACCAGAGGAUGGGACCACGCCAAAGAGUUGAUAGAACUGAUAAAGAAGCAUUACAAAGAGUAUUUCUUCCAAGACAUGCGCGACAACGCGGACAAGAACGCGAGCGCGCGCCGCGGCCCGUGCCUCGCCCCCAAUCCUGUCUGCAUGCAAAAAUAAAACGGUUGCCAACUGUAACAUCUCGAAGUGCUCAUGUCUCUUAAUAAAUUGUUAAUUUA